CCGAGCGCGGCGCGGCUGCCGCUGAGGGGAGUCGAGUCUCCCGCGCCCGACCCUCCCCGGCGGGGCUGCUGCCGAGCCGCUCGUCCUGACCCCUGGCUGCCGGCAAAGUUGGUGAAAAAAAUCCGAGUCGUUCGGAAAAGAGCGAGAAAAGAGGGCGCGAGGCGGUCGGAGGCCCCGCCGGGGAGCUGGCGCGCCGGGCGGCGGCGGCGGUUGCGCCGCGACCAGGAGGAGCCGUCGCGCCGGGCGGCGGGGCCGAUUUAAGAGAGAAGAUCUGAUCACCUGGAAUUAAAGUUGGUACAGAAACCUUUUCCAUUCCAAACAUGUUGGAGGAAGAUAUGGAAGUGGCCAUCAAGGUGGUGGUCGUAGGGAAUGGAGCGGUUGGAAAAUCAAGUAUGAUUCAGCGGUAUUGCAAAGGCAUUUUUACAAAAGACUACAAGAAAACCAUUGGAGUUGAUUUUUUGGAGCGACAAAUCCAAGUUAACGAUGAAGACAUCAGGCUGAUGCUGUGGGAUACGGCAGGUCAGGAGGAAUUUGAUGCCAUAACAAAGGCCUACUACCGAGGAGCCCAGGCUUGCGUGCUUGUCUUUUCCACCACAGACAGGGAAUCUUUCGAAGCAAUCUCCAGCUGGAGAGAGAAAGUGGUGGCUGAAGUUGGAGACAUCCCAACCGUCCUUGUGCAAAACAAGAUUGACCUCCUGGAUGACUCUUGUAUAAAGAAUGAGGAGGCUGAGGCCCUGGCGAAGAAGCUGAAGCUGAGGUUCUACAGGACGUCGGUGAAGGAGGACCUGCACGUGAGCGAGGUUUUUAAAUAUUUGGCAGAAAAAUACCUUCAAAAACUUAAACAACAGAUAGCUGAGGGUCCAGAGUCGGUGCAUUCAAGUAGGAACAAGAUUGGUGUCUUUAGCGCAUCUGGUGGAAGUCACUUGGGUCAGAAUUCAAGCACCCUUAAUGGUGGAGAUGUCAUCAAUCUUAGACCCAACAAACAGAGGACCAAGAAAAACAGAAAUCCUUUUAGCAGCUGUAGCAUACCCUAAAACAUCUUAAGGAGAAAGAGGAUUGAAUUACAUUGUGCGGCAAGAUGGACAUCUGGCUGUCGUGGUAUGUGACACGAUUUCUCAGCAGACUUUGCACCCAGUGGCUCUCUGGAAGUUGACGGGCUUAAUUGUUCCGCAGUGCUUUUCAGGAUGGAACAAGAUCUUUGGUGGAAAACUUUCUGCCCUGUGGACUCAUUUUAAUUUUUUUUUACAUUAGACGAAGCUUCUCCUGUUUUUGAAGGAAUGCUAUAAGAAAUAGCAGAAACAGGUUUUGCUGAAUUUUAAAUGCUGGAAAACAUAAAGGAAAUGCCUAAGUAUAUUGGUACAGAUUUUAAUAUUAUGGGCCAAGGAAAGACAGCGAGCCUUCUUUCUCUGAGAUUGGUCAUCUCGCUUUUCGGGAAAUGGUAUUGGAUCUGAACACUUACAGAAAAUACUACCGAAAGGUAACCCUCUGAUCUUGCCAGAGUGCGUCCGUGUGUACUUUGGCGAUGUCCCUUGUGCAAUAUCUGUAGACGCUAGAAUGUGGGGUGUGCACGCCAAUGCCUGGUACUGAAGUGAGCCGGAGGGGAGUGUGGUGUGUAAGGACACGUAGACUCUCAUUCAUUCAUUCAUUCAUUCAUAGAACCAUUGACCAUUCUAAGUUUUUAUUUUUAAUAAGAAAUUCCAGACAUAUAUUUUGCAAAGUGAGCUCAGAUUUUAAAAGUGCUUUGUGCCAAAAAAUAUCAUACCUAACUUUCAGUGCUUUACCUGAAUUUGUACUGUUUAUAAAGUCUUUUAAGAGCAGUUUUCCACUCUGCCAGGGUGGGUGACAGGAGGAUAAAUGUCUUAGUGCUGGAGCAGCUCCCAGGUGGGACUGGCCUUCCGCACGCCUGGCGGGUCCUUCAGGAGAGACGCGGCAGCCGCGGGGACUCCCCAUCCUGUGCGUUCGGCCACGCCCCCAGCACCUUUUGCUGCUGACAAUGCAAUUUUGAACUUAUAGGAUUAUGCUAACAAUUUUAUAAAAUGCACAAGAAAUGAUCUGUUGUCUUAAUCCAUAUGAUGGAUUUUAUAACGCCCUGCAACACUAAAGCAUCUUAUUGUUUACACGUUUUUUGUACGGUAUUUUUAAAUUAUCACUUAAAAAUUUCUAUAGCCUUCCAUUUGUACAGCACUUUCUCAAGAGCUCUGUCAGCACCAAGUGCAAAGUAACUUCUUUUAAGAAAUGGUUUUAAUAUGUAAUCAUGUGACGGGGCAUAAAUUUUGUGACUUGGGACAGUGGCUUUCCCACUAAGAUAACUGCAUGAACUCUGUUAAAAUUAACCGUCAUUCAUCACUGACUUUGUUUUUAAACCCUUGCAAUAUACCUGGUUUUUACAGGAUUUUAAAAUAUGUAAAAAUAACUUCUCUUAGAAAAUGUGUCAUGAAGUCACUCCUCAUUUGGGCUGAAUGCAUGUUUUAUAUAUUCCUUUUGUAUGUUUCUGUUUUGUUAAGUCUUCCGUCCGCACCGCCCUCAUCCCUGCCCAAGCUCAUGUUGAGAACAGAAUAGGAUUUUCUGGGGCGUGUCGUUGAGGGGUCACGAGUGAGAUGUGUGCUCCUCUUAACAGUGACGUGCUGGCGCUGUCUAUUUCAGAGUGGUGAAAAGGUCUGUUUUUCUGUCCUCAGUGGUUACCACCCCCGUCGCUGGCAGUGGGCUGGGUGUGGGGAGAACCUCGGCUCCUCAUGGUGGGGCCGCUGUGGCCGUCUUCCCUUUCCUGCUCUCUGGAAAUACAGUGUCUUUAAUUUUUGCACAGAAUACAUUUUGCAGCAGAUAGGUGGUCUUUAGUAGCAGGAAAAUCCCGUUAUGUAGCAGGUUGUAGUUCUGUUCCACGUUAAUUCAACGUGUGUAGAUAGAAGCUCGUUAUUUUUCUAUAUAAAAAAUGUAAUCUCUGAUGAUGGUUGCAGUUCCCCCGAUACUCAUAAUAUAAUUUUAUGUGCUUA